UGCAGCUCAAGUUUAGAACUCGAGGUCCUCCACUCUGGGGGAUUGUGUUGAUUUUUCUCAUCUUUGUUCUGACCAAUGAGAAUCUUCUGGAACGUUCUGAAGAAAAUAGAGGAACGACUUCACCAGAGAUCCAUGUUUGUUUUAAACCUUAAAUAUAAAACCAGAGAUCUCUUUGGGUCAAAGUUUCUCUCUUACAGCUCCUGUUUAUCUCAACACUACUGUCUAUGUGACUUUACUGAAGUUUCUUUAUUUUCAUUGUUUCUGUUAUAAAUUUAAGCAAACUCCGGUUCAAAACCUCAUUACUGCCUAGAACUGCUUUAACACUAAACCUCAGAGUGAUCUGAACCUUUUCCCUCCACAGACUUUAUGCUGACAUGAUAUCGGCUGUGCUGCAACUUUUAAAAGCAUCAACAAACAAACACUAUUUGUUAAAAUCCACAGUUAAUGUUUGUGGACUACUUUAUACUUUAGAGUACUGUAUACUUUGGAGUACUGUAUACUUUGGACUACUUUAUACUUUGGAGUACUGUAUACUUUGGAGUACUUAAUACUUUUGACUACUUUAUACUAUGGAAUACUGAAUACUUUGGAGUACUUAAUACUUUGGAGUACUUAAUACUUUGGACUACUUUAUACUUUGGAGUACUGUAUACUUUGGACUACUUUAUACUUUGGAGUACUGUAUACUUUGGAGUACUUAAUACUUUGGACUACUUUAUACUUUGGAGAACUUUAUACGUUGGAGUACUGUAUACUUUGGAGUACUGUAUACUUUGUAAUUGAGUAUUGAGUCCAGGUAUUCCUGCUGCAGGCGAAGCUUGAAACAACGGUUGUGACUGCAGCUGAAAAGCGUCUACAGCGAGGAGAACAAAGCUUCUCAGUGUAACCAACAGAGAACAAACGGAGGUUUGUCUGAGAGAGGACGGAAGCUGAAGCUCCUAUUGGUCCGUCUGUUAAGGUGGGCUGAAGCUGAAGCUCCUAUUGGUCCAUCUGUUAAGGUGGGCUGAAGCUGAAGCUCCUAUUGGUCCAUCUGUUAAGGUGGGCUGAAGCUGAGGACAAUACAGCUCUCCUAUUGGUUGAUCUGCUCAGUGGGCAGCAGCUGGAAUGAGCUUCUGUCUCAAGGACUUGGCCAGAGUUUCAUGUCAACAUCUGGACCUCCUAACAGGACGGUUUCAAACUACCAGAACCAUCUUUGACCGUCUGGAGAUCAGAGGGAAUUGGACCUCCUAACAGGACGGUUUCAAACUACCAGAACCAUCUUUAAACGUCUGGAGAUCAGAGGGAAUCGGACCUCCUAACAGGACGGUUUCAAACUACCAGAACCACCCUUGACCAUCUUUAGAUCAGAGGGAAUCGAACCCCCGUGACUCUAACUCUGGACCCACAGUCAGGAGAGGAGUGGACGGUCACGGCUUGUCUCUGCUGUGAUCUAUCGACGUGACCUUCAGGAUCUUGAGCUCUGAUUGGACAAUCUUUUUGAUUGGCAGCUGAGUGGACGAUGUUUGUCAGACAAAAGAAGAAGAUCUCAGGACAACAACCACCAUCUUCCUCAGUCUCUGACUCCACCCCUAAAUCUUGUUUGUGGCGACGUCCUCCCUCAACCCCGCCUUUGCCUCUGAGGGCUCAAAAGCUUGUUGCUAGGCAACCAUCAACAGAAGGCCUGAAGGGUAAAGGUCAGAGGUCAGGGGUCAGAGGUUCCUGGCCGAGUGCCCUGAGAUUGGUCUGUGACCUGAGUCCAGAGCGAGUUCAGAGGUCUCAAACGCCAUCUACCAUCACCUGGUGUGUCCGGAAGACUCCGCCUCCAUCCAGCAAACCACACCCUUUUGCUAUGCCAUCAGCCCCGCCCACUGGCAGGUCCAGACUCUCUCUGCCUCCAGCAGCCAAUCACAGCUGUUACCUAUCAUCUCCUGAUGAAGACCCUCCCAUGGGGCGGAGCUCCGGUGCCACCAUGAGGUCAUUGUCCUCAUUCUGCUGCAGUGUCUUCAGGGACAGUCUGCUACCCCUGGACCAUAAGAUCAAUCAGGCCGUGGAUUUGAUGAAAACUCACCUGGUGAUGAUGGUGCAGGAAGAGGCGGAGCUUCUGAGGGAUCAAAUCACAGAGCUAAGCUUCAGAAACCAACAGUUGCAAAGGGAGAACCAAUUAUUGAAAGCAAUAAUCCAAAACACCAACCUGACUAUUUAAUUUAACUUCAACGUUCAUGAAAACCUGUAGGAACAUGUUGUGUAUUUGUGUUUCUCUAUAAAUGUACGUGUAUUUGUGUCUCUGUGAAUUUACAAUCUCUCGUCCUCCUCAGAUGUUUUCUUUCAGGUGAAUUUUUCAGAAAGUCACAUCAAAGGAUGAUCAAUAAAACAAACUUCCAGAAGUCUGAAAAUGUUAUUUUUUUUCCUGUAAAAGCAGUAAAGCUCCUGAUCCUUAACGUGUCACCAGAAGAUCCAUUCAGUUUCUAUUCCUG